CGAUGAGUAACCAAGCGAUGCAUAUGUAGCCGCACCAACUCCAACAUAGCCUCUCAACAAUGUCUCGAGGAGGUGGAGGUGGCAGAGGUGGCGGGCGGGGUGGUCGCCGGGGCGGUCGAGGCGGCAUGGCGAAUAACCUGCCCUGGGACAAUGAUCCCAACCUGGAGCUCGAUGGCCGACCCUCCGAACUAUUCCCAGAAUACAACGUCCCCCAAGCCGCGCCGCUUUCCAAGAAGGAGGAGAGGCAAAUCUCCUGCUUCCUUCUCUUCCGCGAACAAGUCCACGAUGGACCACUCUUUACCCAGGCCCGGACCUGGAGUCUCGAUUCCACCACGCCAGGCCGCGUGUACGGCCAAGACCAGAUAAACAAGCGCUACGGCGUGAAGAACAAGGCCACCGUUGACCCCUUCCUGGCCAUGCCCACCUAUUCCCAGCGCUUCAGCAGGCAGGAGCGGUCCCUGCCCGAUCUCGCAAGCCGGCCGUUUGCGAAGGAGUUUUUCCCGCCCGAACUACACGCAACGCUCGAAGGGGCGGACGGGGCCACCGGUGGGGCUAAGCGGCGGAAGAUGACCAAGAAAACCCACGCUUUGUCCAACAUCACCUCCCUCCGCACCGCCGAGGAGAUCUUCCUGCCUGAGGCCGAACAGCAGGGGUUUGGCGAUGUGGAUGGCCAGAGCAAGGCGUUGCAGAUGCUCGACAAGAUUGACAACAAUGAUGAGGGUGCCGACGGCCUCGAUCUUGACGACGAGGACGAUUGGGUUCGGCCUACCAAUGCUGAGGAUGGGGAGGAUAACGCCGAGGACGAAGACCAGUAUGACGACGAGUCGGGAGAUGACUACAACGCUGAACAGUACUUUGAGGAGAAUCAGGCCGACGAUGACUACGAUGAGGGAGGUGAUGGUGGUGAUGAUUUCUUCUAGGGCGGCCCUUUGGGCCGAGGAGGGUGGACUGACUGCGAUUAUCUCUACCCAGUUGCAUUGCUAGGAGUUGGGAUGGCACCAGAAGAGUCCGGCUUGGAUGGACCUUGACCUUUGUUAUUAUAGAAUUUGCAUGGUUGAUACCGAAUUCGAUGGCGUUUGUGGGUAUGUCAAGCUUGUCAGCCACAUAAAGUGUUGCCUCAACGGUUAGCUGUUUGCUUCAGCAUGAGUCACAGGGAAAAGCUGUCGAUAGAACAAAGCUAUAGUGAGGCAUGUGCAUGCCAUUACUGUGAUAUACAUUGAUAUCUCGUCAGAACAAGCACGCUCGUGCUAAUUCCUGCU